AUGCCAUCUCAUAAGCCACCAUCAAUCCUUCGUAUCAAAAGAAAAAGAGAUGAAGAUCCACUACAAUCGUUGAUUUUAGAAGAUUCUGGCUCAUCAAAGAGAUCAAAGACUACUUCUAAAACUUCGGAGGUUGAUUCCAAAGGGAAGAAUCAAAAUGACGAUAAACCUAACUACAUAUUUCAGCUAGACAGAACUGACGAAUUUAUAAGUAAUGAUGAUGCUUCGAUAGAUGUUCCUUUAGUUUCUGAAGCAACAGACGCAUCUUUUGGAGAUCCUCUUGACAGCAACGAUAACAAAAAGAAAAAGAGAAGGUUCGUCUUACCACGAAAUCAAUCAAAGGAAGAUAAUUUUAUUGGAAAUGAGCUUACUGAUAUGCUUGAAAGUCUUCUCAGUGAAGAUUUGAAAAACGAGCCGAAUAUUAAAAAAAGGGGGCGUAAUAACUCUUAUAGGCUGCCACUUGAUAAACAAGAGGAUUUACACAAGUCAGAGUACGUUUUCGAUGUAUAUCGACUAUCACAAGGGGUCCAUCAAUCUUAUGGGGAUGAUGAAUCGGGCCUACUGAUAGGAUACAUUCGCUUUUUUGAAAAUGAAGAUAGCGAGCUUCUUGAAGGUGAUAGUGAUUCGAAUUUCUCUAAUAUAUCUGAAGAAGAUUCUAAUGCGGAAGAUUAUUACCAGAAUGAUUACCCAUCAGAUGAAGAUGCUGGGACUCUCAGUGAUUCCUACGUAGAAUACGUCAUUAAUGAAGAUACUUGUGAGUCUGAAGAGGAAAUGUCUCCUAGUGUCCGGGUGGAUGGUGAUGGUUUUGCUAACUUAUAUAACGAGUUUCAUGAAGAUAGUUUGACUUCCAAUUUUAAUCUAUUGAGCGAAGAUAAAUAUUUCAAAAACGAUAAUUACGUGAAUACCCUAAGCGAUGGUGAUUUAUGA